GACAUCAUCAUGGACACCAAUAACUGUGUUUCCCUCACAUUCCUUUGUAUUUUUCUGAUGUUGGCACACUGGGACUCAAGUUCAGCUUGUCACACUGGCUCUCAGACGGAAUGUGAAAAAGCUCCAUUUGUGCCUGGCUACAAUCUGGCAGGAGAAGGCUUUGAUGUUGUCAAGAUGCGUCGUAAAGGUGCCUUUCUGAUAAAUGUCAAGUCACACAUAGACAACGGUACCUGUACCAUCUGCAAAAACCGCUUUCAAGGAGGGCAGAUGCAGAAACUCCCCUCAGCCGUGUUGGACUGGCGACCCUUCAGCCGCUGCAGCAAACAGCUUUCUAGCGCUCUUCAUCAUUCUGUCGACUCCCUUAUGAAGAGUUCAACGUCGCUUGUUAAUAAUAACUGGGAAAUGGAUCUUAGCCUGGAUGACAUGGGAAAGGUGAUUUUUGGAGGGAGUCGAUCAGAUAUUGCUCAAUUUGCCCAUUCUCAGAAUACAAUGGAUAAGGCAACCUUUGCCCUUCAUGAGAUCAGCUGUACAUACUACAGUUACAGGAUAACAGACAACCCAGAGCUCAGCGCUGAAUUCUCAAAACAUCUCCAGAAGCUUCCGGCACAGUAUGAUGCACAAACAAAACCUUUGUACCGAAGGACUAUUGAUACAUAUGGCACUCACUACAUACGCCAAGUCCAUCUGGGUGGGCGAGUGAGGCGGGUCACAGCUUUUCGAACAUGUCUUGCAACCCUGAAGGGCUUCUCGGAGACCGAUAUCAAAAACUGUCUAAAUGUGGAGUUAAAAAUCACUUUGGGGUUCUUGCCAGGCAAUGCCUCGCUUUCCAACAAAUGCUCUCAAAUACUUAAGGAUAAUCUGAGCAUGGGUUUUUACCAGGGCUUCAUGACACACAAGACAGAGGUUCUGGGAGGAGAGAAAUACUUCCCAGACCUUGUUUUAAACCAAAGCCCAGCUGAAGCUUACUCAAACUGGAUGAUGAGCUUGCAUGACAACCCUGACGUUAUUUCAUAUGCUAUUUUCCCUCUCCAUCAUCUGGUGGCAGAUCCUGAGGUUAGUUCCAACCUAAAAAUAGCAGUAACUGAAUAUAUUGAAGAGAACAUGAUUUCUGUAGACCACAAGGAGAAUCAAGGAUGCUCUCAAACACCAAAUCUGGAUCAUAACUGCUGUCCUAUGAGAGCCGGUCGUGGCACAUUAAUAGUGUUAGUGCAGAGAGCUGCAGGACUGAAAGCUGAUCUCUUCACACGCACUGAUGGUUAUGUCAAAGUCUGGUAUAACUUCAUGUAUGAGGAGACUGAGGUGGUUAUGGACAAUAAUGAUCCUGAGUGGAAUAUCAGCUAUGAUUUGGGAUCGGUUGAGUUUGGUCAUGAACUAAUAUUUGAGGUGUGGGACAGUGAUGUGAUUUAUAAUGACAUGGUGGGGAGAUGUGUGGUCAGUCCUGAACGUGGUAUUCACUCACACAGCUGUAAAUUAAAGAAAGGUGUCCUUUAUUUCACCUACAAGGCUUAUUGUGAUGCUCAUCUGACUGGACCCAGGUGUAGCAGAUAUUCACCAAAACUGUGAGACCUCUGUAUUU